AUAAUUAGUAGGCAGAACACACAACUCAAUCGGAUUCAAGAAACAUAGAGUAAAUUGCCUUGGAAGUUCAAACCAACACUUUCCAGUUUCACUCGCGGUUAUAAUAAACACAGAGAAAUCAAGGGACGAAGAGGAGGUGUUUGAUUUAUGUAAAUGUAUCAGAAGAAAUAUGACCAACAACAGGAAGAGAUCGGAAAAGCAGGCACGAUCUCUUCCGAUUUCAACAACCCACACUGGUUUUUCUCUCAGUUCAAUCAUCAAAGCCCUGAUUUUGUCAUUGAAAGUAAGCCACAUCUCACCAUCCGAGUACCAAACCCUUCACCAACGCCACCAGCAGCAACAACAACCCAUCGUCACAAAGAACCCAACUUUCACCAUCAAAAGCCCUCCUCCUCCGAUAACCCUUCCCCAACACAUGCCCUUCUUUCGACUCCCCAUAAGCGACCUAUAAUGACCCACAAUUCUUUUUCUCGGUCCCCUUCUCUUUCUUCUUUCAAGAAUCACCGUGUCCACCGCGAAAGGGUCGAAAGACUCACUCUUUUCCAGUAUUUCUCUUGUUCUGCUUGUCUUGGUAGGAAACUUGUUCAUCAUUUGAACCGUGGCCGUUUGCUUUGUUUCCACUUACGUUUCCUUUUUUUGCUCUCUGUCCCUUCGCUUUACUUUUUGGUUUCCGAUCCUCGGCGGUUUUUCGUGUUGAAUUCCGUUGUUUUGCUUGCUUUCUCGCUUACCCUUUUGGUUUCCCUUAAUCUUGCACUCCCUCGCUUGCCUUCGAUUCGAUUGCUUCUCUCUCGUUCAUUACCUGCUAAGUUUAGCCAACUAGGGUCGUCUUCUAAAUCUUCGAAAACUGUUGUUUGGUCUAUUGGAUCCAAGCCGAAAUCGGAGAAGAAGCCGAAUUCAGGGACUUGGGUGCAGGUUUAUAGUAAUGGGGAUGUAUACGAGGGUGAAUUUCAUAAAGGGAAAUGUUCAGGGAGCGGGGUUUAUUAUUACUACAUGAAAGGGAGAUAUGAGGGGGAUUGGAUUGAUGGGAAAUAUGAUGGUUAUGGUGUGGAAACUUGGGCGAAAGGGAGUCGAUAUCGUGGUCAAUAUAGGCAGGGAUUGAGGCAUGGGAUUGGUGUGUACAGGUUUUUUACUGGUGAUGUUUAUGCAGGGGAGUGGUCUAAUGGGCAUUGUCAUGGCUGUGGAGUGCAUACUGGUGCAGAUGGCAGCAACUAUGUCGGGGAGUUUAAGUGGGGUGUAAAGCAUGGGCUUGGCCAUUACCAUUUCAGAAAUGGAGACAUAUAUUUGGGGGAAUAUUUCGCUGACAAGAUGCAUGGUUUUGGGGUUUAUCAAUUUGGAAAUGGACACCAGUAUGAGGGAGCAUGGCAUGAGGGAAGAAGGCAGGGAUUUGGCACAUACACUUUCAGAAAUGGCGAGCCACAGUCUGGUCACUGGAAAAAUGGGGUGCUUGAUGUUCAUAUCACGCAAAGCAUCCAUCUUGGAUCUCCCCAUGCUGUCACACAAUCUCGAGUCCAUAAUGCCGUUCAGGAAGCGCAGAGAGCUGCGGAGAAAGCUUACGGCAUUGCAAAGAUCGACGAGAGAGUGCACAAAGCAAUCUCAGCUGCAAACAAAGCAGCCAAUGCUGCCAGAGUAGUAGCCGUGAAAGCCGUACAAAAACGAAUGCAUCAGCACAACACUGAUGAUAUUGAUCCUUCAACUGCAAUUGUAUAAUACAAGGAUCCCAAAUGGUGCAUUGUUUCUGAUAUUGUUCAUCACAUGUCUGGUCGUAACAGACGAUAACAGUAAAAAGUUACCCGCUUGGAACCAUGUUUAAUCAUUCAAGAUGGUUGAUCAUGGAGCAAGAAAUGGCUGCCCUUUUUCCCCUAAUGGCUUCAGUAAUAUGUAUAUAGGUUG